AUGUCGGGAUCAACGCCCUUCACGGCUCGAUCGCCCACGCAGUCGAACCAAUAUCCGCCUUACUCGCCAACACAUCCAAAUCGCCCCUUCUUCCAAGUUGGUCAUGAGCCAUUCCAAUUACCUCCUCAACACCUCAUCCAGACCCCGCCUCCAUUCCCUCCAGCAUCUCUGGUACAAAGCCCACAUCACAAUCGACCGCCAACGCUGGCAUCACCCUUACCUGCCCCGAACGCUUUGCCGCCUCCGUCGAUGGGUCCAGGAUCUCAAUACCCUCCAUUGGCAUCCAGCCCAUCAUACCCGUUGCAGAGAACAUAUUCCGGUCGUCUUGUUCCUCAGUCAAACAUGAUGUCCCAAUAUGAUGGCACCCCGACACAUGCUCACCCAUCAGGCCCGUCGCCGUCAGCUUUGCAAUCCCCAACGCGCGAGCAACAUAGUCUGUCCAACGGCAGAGCGGCCGAGAACAGCGCCAUGGAGUCACGCCCUCAGUCCAAAGAUAAGCCUGAUCGAGCGAGCAAUCCCAUGUCCUUCGCAAGCAUCUUGGGUCCUUCAAGCAAUGAACCCUCGACAAGAGUUGCAGACGUCAAGCCACCACGGCUGCCAACACCGCCGUUGAAGCCCGUGGCUGAAAGCAAACCCUUGACUGAGGUGCCAACAGUGCCUAAAUUGCCAGACGUGGAUUCUGCCCGCUCUCUCACUAACGGAGAGACGAAAGUGCAGCCCAAGACGGAAGUGGUGCACGUGCAGCGCAAGCAGAUUGCACCCUCAAAUCCACGCAAAAUCCCCACGGAAGGUGAGGCGGAGAAGAUCUUGAAAGCUCUUGCAAUGAUUGAGGAAGGCCCUCUCAGCGACGCAGAAGAUGGUGUAUUCUAUGCAGAAAAGGAACGUUUCAAGCAGAGAAGUAGGAAGAGAGCUGCCGAUAUUGCCGAAGGCGAACUGCGCAAGCGUAAGCGCCGCAGAGAGUUCGUUCUCGAGUCCUUCAUCAAAUCCUUCGAAACCCAUGCAACCAGUGCUGCACAGCGCUACCGUGAGCGGUUCGAGCCGAUCGCUGCGAAGGAGAUUGCAGACAAAGACAUUCAGACCGAAAAAGAGCGCAAAAAGGACAUGCAGAGAAAGCGCCGCCGCGAACAACAAAUUCAGAACGAGACCCAGAAGUUGAAGGAACUCGAGCAACGCGCAAGAGAAGCGGAAGAUCAAGAAGAGGCGCAGAAAUACCUGAAACAGGCAGAGAGGUCCCAAGCACGGAUCAGACAAACCGCCGAACUUCUCGAGGGUGUUCCCGUGCAAGAAGAUAUGGAGGUCUCCGCGCCAGCUCCCAAUUACGAGGGCGGCGUUACAUCCUCCUUCCAAAUUGGAUCGCCCGAGCCUGCCGAGCCGCCGAAGAAACGCACCAAGAGAGAGGGCGGUCCUUCGGCUCGUCUGAAGAAGUCCAAGGAGAAGAAGCAAGCAGAGAAAGAUGCUGCCGAGGCUGCUUACGCUGCCAUGGAACGAGAUGCUCUCGUCCAGAUUGCUCCCAAGGAGGAGACAAAGAAAGAGCCCAGCGCCAAAGCAAAGAAGGCACAGCAGAAAGAAGAGGCCGCCGCCGCCGCUGCCGCCGCUGCAGCGGCUGCUGCUGCGGCUGCGCAUACGGUCAACUACGAGUCCAAAGGCUACAAUCAAAUCUAUGAGCAAAUUUGGCGAGAUCUCGCGAGGAAGGACAUCCCGAAGGUGUACAAGCUCAAGCAAAUGUCGCUCAGCAUACGACAAGAGAAUCUGCGGAAGACGGCCAUCCUCGCCAGCAAACAAGCUCGAAAAUGGCAAGAACGGACCAACAAGAGCAUGAAAGAUACUCAAGCUCGAGCGAAACGAGUCAUGCGUGAGAUGAUGUCUUUCUGGAAGCGCAAUGAGCGAGAGGAGCGUGAUCUUCGACGCAUGGCGGAACGAAAGGAGAUCGAGGACGCCAAGAAGGCCGAAGCAGACCGAGAAGCCAACAGACAGAAGCGGAAGCUUAACUUUCUCAUUUCGCAAACCGAGCUCUACUCCCAUUUCAUCGGCCGCAAGAUCAAGACUGAUGAGGUGGAGAGAGCCACCGACGACCCUGACGUGGCCACCCCAGGUGAGAGGGAGCGGCCUGCCGAUGCUGAUCGAGACCGGGGCAUGGAUGAUGUGGCACUGUCCGAUGAGCAUGGCAACCACAAGGUCACGCACUUUGAGGAUCUCGACUUUGAUGCCGAUGAUGACUCGGAGUUGCGGAAAGCAGCCGCGGCCAAUGCAGCCAGCGCCUUGCAAGAUGCACAGGACAAGGCGAGAAACUUCAACGGCGAAGACCCGAUGGCGGCCUUCGAUUCGGACGAAAUGAAUUUCCAAAACCCGACCAUGGCUGGAGAUGUUCAAGUCGCUCAACCCAAAAUGCUGCAGGCCCAGCUCAAGGGAUAUCAGCUCAAAGGCCUCAAUUGGCUGGUCAACCUCUAUGAACAAGGUAUCAACGGCAUUCUCGCCGACGAAAUGGGUCUCGGCAAGACGGUGCAAUCCAUCUCGGUCAUGGGAUAUCUUGCAGAACAGCACAACAUUUGGGGUCCCUUCCUGGUCAUUGCACCAGCCUCAACCUUGCACAAUUGGGAACAAGAAAUUACCAGAUUCGUGCCGGCCAUUAAGGUGCUCCCUUACUGGGGCAAUGCAAAGGAUCGAAAGACGUUGCGGAAGUUCUGGGAUCGUAAGCACGUCACCUACAACAAGGACUCUGAAUUCCAUGUUCUGGUCACUUCCUAUCAACUGGUGGUGCAGGAUGCCCAGUACUUCCAGAAGAUCAGAUGGCAGUACAUGAUUCUGGACGAGGCUCAAGCUAUCAAGUCGUCGAGCAGUUCACGAUGGAAGACACUGCUCGGAUUUCAGUGUCGCAACCGUCUGUUGCUCACUGGCACACCGAUCCAGAACAACAUGCAAGAGUUGUGGGCGUUGUUGCAUUUCAUCAUGCCCACGCUGUUCGACUCGCAUGACGAGUUCAGCGAUUGGUUCUCCAAGGACAUUGAAAGCCAUGCGCAGAGCAACACCAAGCUCAACCAAGAUCAACUCAAGCGGCUGCACAUGAUCCUCAAACCGUUCAUGUUACGUCGUAUCAAGUCCAAUGUGCAGAAGGAACUGGGCGACAAGGUGGAGAAAGACGUGUUCUGCGACCUCACGUACCGGCAGCGUGCCUACUAUGCCAACCUUCGCAGUAAGAUCAGCGUCAUGGACCUGAUUGAGAAGGCCACGUUGGGUGACGACCAGGACACGGCGACGUUGAUGAACCUGGUCAUGCAAUUCCGCAAGGUCUGCAAUCAUCCCGAUCUCUUUGAACGAGCGGACACGGCCUCACCCUUCUCCAUGUCGACCUUUGCCGAGACCGCGUCCUUCCUUCGUGAGGGUUAUUUCGUGCAGUUGGCCUAUUCCGUCCGAAAUCCGAUCAAGUAUGACUUGCCACGAGUGUUGUGCAACGAUGUAGGCCGACUUGACAUUGCAGGCCCGAGCAAUCCCCAGGCGGGCUUCCGGCGCGCCGGCUUCAGAGCGGACAAGAUGAGUGGCUUGAUGAGGAUUUGGACUGCCGACAAUAUCAAAUCGUCCAUGGAGCAUGACGAUGCCUUUUCAUUCCUCCGCUUUGUCGACACUUCGGUGGGCGAGGCAUCUGCCAUUGGAGAGACGGGGACCUUUGAGCGUGCCAUGAAGUUGAAGAAGCAUCAUCGCCGGGUCCUGCCUGUCUACGAGGAUUCGGACGCCGAGCCGCCAGUACAUGCCAUGUUCAACAUUGUCGACAACAGUCCUCGACCGGCGCUGGCGGAACUCGAUGCGAACUCGAACCUGGGCAAAUUGUGCAACAUCUCCCGAGAAUAUCUUGCGGACCAAGGCUAUUCCGUCCUGGAACCGGCAGCUCGUCCCAAGGCAUCCGCUCCGCCGAUCGAGAUCAGCGCUUUUGACCAGUCGUCGCUCACGGAGCGGCAGCUGACCAUGUUCAAUGGGGAUGUGCGAGCUUGUCUGUUCCCACUCGAAGAGUCGCUGGAAGAGAAACUGCUCGAGAAGGACGUUGAGCCGGAGAACUUCCCUCUCUCCGACAUGUUGCCCAAGCCCGAGUCUCAGAAGGCGCGGUAUACCCACAUUUCGAUUCCUUCGAUGCGCCGAUUCGUCACCGACUCUGGCAAGCUGGCCAAGUUGGAUCAACUCCUCCGGGAGCUGAAGAACGGCGGGCAUCGGGUGUUGUUGUACUUCCAGAUGACUCGCAUGAUCGACUUGAUGGAGGAAUAUCUGACCUACCGCAACUACAAGUACUGUCGGUUGGAUGGAAGCACCAAGUUGGAAGACCGUCGGGACACGGUGCAUGACUUCCAGACCCGACCGGAGAUUUUCAUCUUCUUGCUUUCCACGCGUGCUGGUGGGUUGGGGAUCAACUUGACUUCUGCCGACACCGUCAUCUUCUACGAUUCGGACUGGAACCCGACCAUCGACUCGCAAGCCAUGGACCGCGCCCACCGACUGGGCCAGACCAAACAAGUGACGGUGUAUCGUCUCAUCACUCGCGGUACGAUUGAAGAACGGAUCCGGAAACGAGCGAUGCAGAAAGAAGAGGUACAGCGGGUGGUCAUCACGGGCGGAGAUGGUGCCGGAGUGGACUUCAACACUCGCGACCGACGGGAGAACCGUACCAAGGACAUUGCGAUGUGGCUUGCGGACGACGAUCAAGCCGCCCUCAUCGAACAAAAGGAGAAAGAAAUCGCCGACAAACCGAAGGAAGAGGAGAGCACGAAGAAGAAGAGCAAAAAGGCUCAAGCUGCGGCCAGCCGAAAGAGAAAAGGGGAGAUGAGCCUGGACGACAUGUAUCAUGAAGGUGAAGGACAUUUCGAAGAUGCAUCGGCCAAACCGUCCGGAGCGGCCACGCCGGUCAGCACGGUGGAGAGCCCGUCGUCGUCGCGAGCGCGCGGCGGCAAAGGCGUGAGCAAGAAGGCCAAGACGGCCAAACAACGAUUGGCGAUUGUGGACGCCGAAGGAGAUCUAGGCAUGGGUGGUAUGUAG